AUGGAGUUUACUGAUCCAGUUCUUAAUCAACAGGAGACUCCCGAUAAAAGCCAAGAGGGAGAUAAUGGAACAAAAUUACAAACUCAAGAUGCAAUUGAACGCUUGGAAGGUGAAAUUGAUGCUGCAUAUUCAAUGAUUGAAUCCAAGUUCUCCUCAUUGUGGGCCAACGCUUCACAAAGUGCUCAGGGAAUACAAGAAAAGGUGAACUUCGAAAAUAGGAAGAAGGAUUUGAUCAAUCAAAUGAAUAACGCUAGACAAAACAUCAACAAUAGCAAAGUUGUUCAAGAGAAUGUGGAGUCCAUUGAAAGGCAAUUGAAAGACUUAGGUGACCAUGUCAAAUCACUUGAGCCCAAUAUUGAUAUCAAGUCUCUUUCAUCACAGGCAAACAAAGCAUUAGACUCAUUGGACUCUAAGUUGGAAAUGGUGGAACAACAAGCGGGAAAAUUUGUUAGUCUGUUCGCUUCGUUUUUCUCCAACAUCAUUACCAUUGACAACCCGAAAGAAGCGCCCAAUGAAGAAGAAGGACCCGUACUGAGUCUGAAGCUUCCAGGUGCUGCUUACAACUCAACACGCUUUGAUACCGACUUGUUCAAGUUGCAUACAUCCGACAGCUUUUAUUUGGACGAGGCUCCAGACGAUAAAGGAUGUUCUGUCUUUGAUAUCGAGAAUAAAACGGACGAAAUAAGCGAGUUGCUAAGGAAGUAUCCAGACACCUUGGAGAAAACAAUGAAUAGACUCGUACCAGUUCAAAUUUCUUAUCAACAAUUCUGGUACCGUUACUUCAAACAAGAACUGAAGCUCAAAGAGAACGAGCAAUCCAGAAAGGAGCUCUUGGCUAAGAAUGAGGAUGGAAAGAGACUAAGCGUUGAACACUUUUCCGAUGAUGAUGAGGAAGAAAACUUUACUUGGGAUGACGAUGAUGAUGAAGAUGAUGAAGAAGAACAAGUAGAUGAAGAUGGGGGAGAUGACGAAGAAGAGAAAGUUGAAGUUGAAGGCGAAUCCCAUUAA